AUGUAUGUUUGUUACCAUGUCACUUUUUUGUUUUUAGAUGGAACAUAUGAAAGUGAGAAUUUUAUUCAUCAACAUCCGUUGCUAGUUGCUGAGCUUGGAAGCAGUGUGAUUUUACCCUGCUCUCACUCAGACGACUUUAUAAAUUCUGUUUCAUGGUAUAAACAUUCUUUUGGCAAGAAACCACUUCUCAUAGCAUAUUCAGAACAUGGCUCUGGAAGUGUUACAUAUCAAAAUGGCUUUAACAAUACAAAUAAAUACUGUAUCAGAACUGGAACUGGCUCUUUUAAUUUGACCAUCAUACACUUGGAAGAAUAUGAUUUUGCAACCUACUAUUGUGCUGGGAGAUUCUUGAACAUUAUUAAAUUUGGAGAAGGAACGAUUCUUCUACAUAAAGAGAACGGCUCUUCUACCCAGAGCUGUGUCUACAGUCUCUCUCAGACUGAACUCAGACCAUCUGAUGUUGGGAUAUAUUACUGUGCUGUUGUCACAUGUGGGAAAAUACACCUUGGAAAUGGAACUAAGUUAAUUGUUGAAGCUUUGACCUUUUUGAAUCCAGUUGUUUUAACCCUGUUCACAAUCAGUAUAUUAUCCAUUAUUGUGAACAUAUUUCUGGUGAGACUGAUCCACAAGAAUCACAAAAAAGAAGCUUCAAAACAACCCAGAAAUCAAAGGAAUCAGACUGAUGAAACAGAUGCCUUAAAUUAUGUAGCCCUGAGUUUUUCCAAAAAGCCUAACAGCUCAAAAAGAUCUUCACAGAAAACCAGCCAAGAAGAAACUGUUUAUUCACAGAUUACAAAGCAAUGA